GCAAAGCUCUACAGACUCUCUCCCCUACUUUACUACACUUCACGCUAACUGAGAAAAUCCAACCUCCACUCCCCCACCAUGGAAACUCCAUAAAAUACAAAGCAGACCCAUAGCCAUACAAUAAUCACCCACCAAAUUCUCUCAUCGGGAGCUUAUGAUGAACCACCAUUGCUUUGUAUCGCCGCCAAAAUCCUCCCAGAAACCUUGGUGCUCAGGUUUUGUGGAGUGCAGGAGUACAAAGACGCGUGAUGGUAAUUAAUACUAGUACUCCUAAUGAACAGAGACAAUAUAAUGGCGUCUGCAACCCUAGGAAAUGGGGGAGUUGGUAGUUCUAGGUCUAUCAAUGGCUUCAAGGGUUCAUCUAGUUCAGUGGACUGGCUUGGGAGAGAGAUGCUUGAGAUGAGACUGAGGGAUAAGACAGAUACUGAUGAGGACCGAGAUAGUGAGCCAGACAUCAUUGAUGGAGUGGGUGCUGAAGCAGGGCAUGUGAUAAGAACCACCAUCGGUGGUCGAAAUGGUCAAUCUAAGCAGUCUAUCAGUUAUAUUACAGAACAUGUAGUUGGAACUGGUUCUUUUGGUGUUGUUUAUCAAGCAAAAUGUAGAGAAACUGGAGAAAUUGUUGCAAUCAAGAAGGUUCUUCAAGACAAGCGAUACAAGAAUAGGGAGCUGCAGAUUAUGCAAAUGUUGGAUCACCCGAAUAUUGUUUCCCUAAAGCAUUGUUUCUUUUCAACAACAGACAAAGAGGAGCUCUAUUUGAACCUUGUGCUUGAAUUUGUUCCCGAAACUGUCAACCGUAUGGCAAGGAACUACAGCAGGAUCAGUCAGCGAAUGCCCUUAAUCUAUGUUAAACUUUAUACCUAUCAGAUAUGUAGGGCACUGGCUUACAUACAUAAUUGCAUUGGUAUCUGUCACCGGGAUAUCAAACCUCAAAACUUACUUGUGAAUCCACAUACACAUCAGCUCAAACUUUGCGACUUUGGGAGUGCUAAAGUCCUAGUGAAAGGUGAACCUAAUGUUUCAUACAUCUGCUCAAGAUACUAUCGUGCCCCAGAACUCAUAUUUGGUGCCACUGAGUACACUACUGCAAUUGAUAUAUGGUCGACAGGAUGUGUGAUGGCUGAGCUACUUCUGGGAAAGCCCCUUUUUCCUGGUGAAAGUGGAGUUGACCAACUAGUUGAGAUUAUCAAGGUUUUGGGGACUCCAACCAGAGAAGAAAUAAAAUGCAUGAAUCCAAACUACACUGAGUUCAAGUUCCCACAGAUUAAGCCUCAUCCCUGGCAUAAGGUUUUCCAGAAACGUCUACCUCCUGAAGCCGUGGACCUUGUAUGCAGGUUUUUCCAGUAUUCACCGAAUUUGCGGUGUACUGCUUUGGAAGCUUGUGUCCACCCCUUCUUUGAUGAGUUAAGGGACCCAAAUACACGCCUUCCUAAUGGCCGGCCACUUCCUCCAUUAUUUAAUUUUAAACCUCAGGAGCUUGCUGGCAUACCACCUGAUACCAUUAAUCGACUCAUCCCAGAGCACGCUCGUAAGCAGAACUUGUUCAUGGCUUUGCAUACCUAGCUACAGAUGAGAGGUCUCCAUUGGUGCUGCUUGUCACUCUGCUCCAAGUCAAGUCUUAAACGUCCUGAAUCCACCAUUGCUCGAUAUAUAUGAUGGGUGCAUUCUCUCAGAACAGACUUAUAGCAGUAAACAAUUUGAGAAAUCUGAAGCUUUGUGUUUGCUUGAAGAAGAUAUUUUUGUAUUUAAAAUAAAGACAGAUAAUUUAUGGUGUAUAUUUUUCAGUCAAUCAAUACCCAUAAUAUGGUUUAUGGUACCUCUACAUCUUGUAAUGGUUUCUCUCUUGUUCAAUAUUGUUCCUUCCAUUUCGUCUUC